CCGCCACAAAUAUCGCAGCCCUGGCAAGAAGCAGUUUAGUUACGUUUACUCCGAGCAAGCGUUUUUUUUAAAACGCAUUAAAAGGCGAAAAGCGAGUGUUUUGUUGGAAAAAACAGGCGCAUCUACUUGCUAAGAUCUCUGCGCAGCAUCAGUGAACAAAAAGCGGGCCCCUAGACGUGGAAAGUUCUCGAAAAACGGCAUUUCCCAAAGUUGCGCGUUCACGGUGUGCCAAGAAGCGUGGCGUGUGUGUCGAUUUGAGUUACCCUACCUGUAAUUGUGUGCGCGCCUGUGAGAGAGUGGAGGUGGAGUAAACUCGCCAGCGUUCGAAGUGGAAGCCAAAGAUAUAGGAAUUGCGAAAUACUUGGAAAUACCGCCAAUCUACUAAACAAUGUCGGAGGCAACUGUGGCCCAAAAGCCGGAGGCGGUGGAAAUAGAGGAGGCGGCGGCGGGGGACGACAAAAAGACUCCCAAGCGUACUCCCAAACGUCGCUCGUUCAUUGAGCGGGCGCAGCAGGAAAGCGAGGAGCUGGUGCGAACAAUGGGCGGCAGCCUGGAAUUGGCGGGCGGACGGAGAACGCGGUCCAGCACUCGGGGAACGCCGACCCGAGCCGCCGAGACAGUGACGCCACCGCCAAGCAAAAAGGCGCGCACAUCCCCGGCCUCGGCCACCAAGGCCAGCGCAGGAAAGGGACGUGGAGCACGCAAGCUGGACGUGGGCGGUGAUGAGCCCGAACAAGAGCCGGAAAAGGUGCAGACACCGCCCAAGGGAAAGGUCGCUGCCAAGAAAGAGAAGAAGGAGACCAAGAAGGAGGAGAAAGCGGCUGAAGAAGAAAAGCCCGAGGAGGCGACGACGGAUGCGGAGAAAGAAGUCAGUGAGUCAAAGGAGAAAGAUGCCAAGCCAGCCGAGACCGAGGACCAGCCUGAUGCUGUAGUGGAGGUGCCUGCAGUGGCGGUCGAGAAGCAGAACCAUGUCGACGAAGUCAAACCAAGCACAGAAGAGCAAGAGAAGUCAACCGAAGAGGUGCCAAAAGUGGAGGAGCCACCAAAGGCGAGUGAGGAGACCUCCGAGAACGGAGCCGCCACAGAAACUCCCGCUGCCCCCGAAGAGCCAUCUUCCGCCAUGGAUGUUGACGAAGAUGAGCCGGUCGUCGAAAGCACACCAUCAGCAGAAAAAGAACCUGCACCAGUUGAAGAGAAGAAGCCCGAAGAAAAAUCUGAAGAACCUGCAGCACCCGUUGAAGAGGAGCCAAAGGCGCAAGCUGAGCCGGCCAAGGAACCUACCCCAGAGCCCAUGGAGGUUGAUGCCAGUUCGAAAAGCAGUUCGGACACGGCUCAAGUAGAAACACCUGCCACCGAGGAGGUUGCCGCCGCUCCAGAACCAGAAGCAGCCACAGAGGCAACAGAAUCCAGCAAUGAUGUCGAGGAAGUGGCCACAGAAGUGAAGGAAACUGUUCCAGAAGUAUCCACUGCCGAAGCCAAGGAGGCAGGAAGCACCGCCGAGUCCGCAGAAGAGCCCAAGAAAGCCGACAGCAGCGAAGAGAGUAAGCAGAUCGUGAGUUCUACGCAGCCCAAGGAGGCGGAGAGCACUGCUGAUGAAAGUGCCACGCCCGUUGCUGCCGAGGUUCCCACCACCCCCGCCACCAAUGAUGUCAGCAAGACCGUGGAAGUCGAUGCCACCUUAGCGAAGGCGGCCGAGAGUCCUGCCAAGGAGCCACAGGUGAUCAGCGAGGUCAAGAAGGUCGAAAUCAAUGUUAAUGGUGAGCCCAAGAUCGUCAACAGCUCAACCGAAGUAGGCGAGAACGCAGCGCCAAAGGUCUGUAACUAGACCGAUCCCACCACCGAUGGACAAUCAACAACUACAUUGCGUUGCGAAUUUGUACAAACUGCAUCUUCAGAUCGCCCGCCGAGUUGGUCUGGAUGUCGCCAACUACAUGCAAACAUUUAAGAGUUUCCCCAAACACAAGCUACGAUUUUCUUUUUUUAAUUGACCAUUUGAUUUCGCACUCAGAAAUCCCUUCAUUUUGAUGAUAGUUUCGGGUCUUCCAGUAUUUGGUUGACGCGAGGGACGCCAUAGGCUGCAAUCGAUGCUGGACUUUCUAUGUUGCACUGUGUGCGUCAGCUAGACAGACAAGUAAAACAAGUAGGCAGUAGUUCCAGUCCCCAUAACCCACCCACCCACUUCCCCAGAAAUACACAGACAGAUUGUAAAAUGCAUCUUAAUAUAAUAUGUAUGUGGAUAAUUAAUCAAAUUGGAAUCAAACAAAUUAUACAUUGACGGAAAUGUAUGUAAAAUAGAUGUUUUUAAAUUGUAAGGCAUAAUAUCCUUAAUUAUAAAACCAAUUGGACAACACUCAAAAAUUAAGCAACCGAAACGCAGAAAGAUUUUACCCGUUGUAACGCAAAACCAAUGCUUUGCGGCUUUAAGAUACGUCUAUGCAUAACUUUCACCCUUUUUGAAUAUUUCUAUUCGUACUUCAAGCCCGUUUUAUUUGAAGCAUUUAGUCUACGUUUUUUAAGGAUCCGAUUUGCAAUCGGUGACUACGGAUGAGCUCAUUGGAAACUGUUGUGCUAGGUAAAGAUCCCUUCCAGGCGAUCACUCCUAACUGAAUUCGUAAAUACAUGCUAGAGUAAAGAGUAAACUUUUUCAAUGAAAAAA